CUACCCUCUCCGCAGGUCACUUCUAUGAUCAGUGUCCACGACCACCGCUCCGUUAUCAUGUUGUUACCCGUUCUGCUGCUGUUCAUCGCCGCCGCCACCACCAACACCAGCCCGCGGCUCAAACACACAUUGCCGGAUCACAACACAAAACGGGUUCCCUUUCAGCAAGUUGAACAAUUUGCCACCACACUCCUCGAAGGACAGACCGUGUACAUUGGAGGAAAUGGAAUUCUCUAUCAGAUUAACUUCGAUGACUCGUCCACCCCGAAUGAGAUCCGCCUGCCCGAUGUUCCAGAGAAAUGUCGAGGGCAAAACACGGCUUCCUGUGGGAAUUAUAUCAUGGUCCUGCAGAGAUUCGAUGAAAAUAAACUCCUAGUGUGUGCAACUGGCUCACCCUACUCACGAUGCUGGCUGUCUCAUAACGGUGAAUUGAAGGAAUUUAUCAAUGGGCAGAAGCGAGUUUUGGGAAGAUUUGUUCUGCCCAGUCCACCACGACAAGGCUUUGCUUCUUUAGUUGUUGAGGAGAGGAUCUAUUCCGCGGCCCCUUUUGAUGGUGACAAGAUGGUAUUCGAUGGCUACAGGAAGAAUGACGACAUCAAGCGGCUAAGGGCUGAUACCAGGUGGAUGAAUGAUCCCAGGUUUGUGGGAAUGUCUCCGGUGAAAGACCUGAUUUACAUGUUCUUCCGAGAAAGGAUCUCGCAGAACAAUCCUGAUGUUGAUCCAUGGAUUUCUCGCAUCGCCCGAGUGUGCAAGGAUGACCAUGGUGGCUCUCCGAGGCGACUGCAGAUGAAGUGGUCGACCUUCCUCAAAGCCCGCCUGCUCUGUAACGAGCCGAACAAUGUCCACUUCAACAGGAUCGAAGACACUUUCAUUUACAAGUCGGCCGUUGACAAUGAAACAAGGGUCUACGGCGUGUUUAGCAGUAAUUGGAAUGGAACAGCCGUGUGUGUUUACUCCAUGAAGGAGAUUGGAGAUGUCUUUAAAACUUCUGACUUUAAGGAUUCCAAUGGGCCUGUUCCCAGUAACCCAAGACCAGGCACGUGUGUCAAAAACACAAAGGAAUUGCCGGACGAAGUGCUUGCUCUUGUAGAGGAUCACCCUGAAAUGAAGACUUUGAUUAGUCCCAUCGGAGGCCGUCCACUCAUGACCAGCUAUGACCCGCACAUCAAGAAGAUAGUCGUGGAUUCCGUUGUCGGCCCGAAUGGAGAGGAGAACCGCCUGCUGAUCCUAGCCAUGGGAGACGGUACAAUCCACAAGGUUCUUGAGACUGGUACAUCCACCUUCACCAUAGCGCAGCUUACUGUGUUGAAGCAACCUGCUCCCAUCUUGUCCCUAUCACUUGACUCUGACAGGAAACUUCUGUACGUGACUUCGACCAUGGAGCUGGCUCGGUUCCCACUAGUUGCGUGUGAGGAAUAUGUCGGGCCGUGUGCAACUUGUCUCCAAGCCAGGGACCCUUACUGUGGAUGGGAUAACGACCAAAAGAAGUGUAUCCCCGUCACACCUAAUUCGAAGAAUGUUGUUCAGAAUCUCACGAGUGGCGAUGGCUGUGUCACCAUCAAAGCUGAGAUGGCACGGUCCUCGGCCCCAAGGGAUGGGACGGUACUCCGCUUGCCCCUGAAUGAAGGGAUCCCCGUGUACCUCUCCUGCCCGAAGCAAUCCUACCACGCAGACUACACGUGGACGUUCAGCGGCGAGGGAGGGAGGGAAGGAGCUGCCCUGUUCGUCCAAUGACGAUAAUUGUUUGCUCCUCAUAAGACAAUUUACUGAAGAUAAGGUCGGCUCGUACAGAUGCUUUUCCAAUGAAAAGGGCGUGAUACAAUUACAUGCCAGUUACGACAUUCAGGGCAACAGUGCCUCCUCUGUAUACGUGUCCAGUGUUGCUUUCAAUUCUCUCUUGGUGACUGCCCUUUGUCUGGUUCUGCAGUGAUUAUAACUUCUGUUCCACAUGAAGAGUGAAAAAAAGAACAUUGACUCACCUUCAUUUCUCCACUGCUCCAGUUCCUGCCUUACAGCGCCAGACACUUGCGUUCGAUCUGUACAGAUAGGCGCUGUCUGUACGGAGUUUGUAAGCUCUCCCCAUCACAUGCGUAGGUUUUCUCCGAGGUCUUUGACUUCCUCCCAAAUUCCAAAGCCGUACAGAUUUUCUAGGCUAAUUGGCUUGGCAUUAGUGUAAAUUGGCAUCUGCAGUUCUUUCUUGCACAUUUCAUCGCCUAAACUAAAUUAAUUGGAAGCGACCGUCAUCGCAACAACCAUCCUUGUGCUUGAAUAACACAAUGCCCACACUCUAGUAUAGUAUUGGGUAUAGAAGUUGGGAGGUCAUUGUUGCAGUUGUAUAAGACGUUGGUGAGACCGCAUUUAGAAUAUUGUGUUCAGUUCGGGCCACCAUGUUAGAGGAAAGAUAUUGCCAAGCUUGAAAGGGUUCAGAAAAUAUUUAUGAAAAUGUUGUCAGGACUAGAGUGUGUGAGCUACAGGGAGAGGUUGAGCAGGCUGGGUCGCUAUUCCUUGGAGCACAGUAGGAUGAGGGGAGACCUUAUAGAGGUGUACAACAUCAGGAGAGGAAUAGAUCAGGUAGAUGCAGGUAGAGUCUCUUGCCCAGAGUAGGGGAAUCGAGGACCAGAGGACAUAGGUUCAAGGUGAAGGGGAAAAGAUUUAAUUGUUAUCCCUAGGGUAACAUUUUCACACAGAGAGUGGUGGGUGUAUGGAACAAGCUGCCACAAGAGGUAGUUGAGGCUGGGACUAGCCCAUCGUUUAAGAAACAGUUAGACAGAUACAUGGAUAGGACAGGUUUGGAGGGAUAUGGACCAAGUGUAGGCAGGUGGGACUAGUGUACAAGACACAAGAUAUAUUUAUUUGUCACAUGUACCAGUUGGUACAGUAAAAUGUGUGGUCGCCAUGCAGCCUAAGAGUCCCAUAAAGAGCACAGAACACGAUAGUCUUUAACACGGACAUUCCCACACAGCGGGAUCAAAGUUUCCCACUGUGAGGGAAGGCUCCAAAAUUCAGUCAUCCUCCUGUGUGGUCCUCCCGUGGUCGGGGGGCUCCCGCUACGGGCGGCCCGAUGUUCAAGCCCGCUCGCCAGGGUGAUGGAACUCCUACGUCUGAGCGGGAGAACAUUCUCAGCGGCUUGGACCUCCGAAUGAGCCACUUCCCACCGGAGACCGCGGCAGGAAAGGCCGCGCCAACCCGGUUGGUAGGCCGCGAGCGGGGGGGGCGAGGACGCGACCCGUAGAAUAGUCGCAUCCUCGCCAGGAAGUGAAUGGCAAACGGUUUCCCCCUUACCCUACCUACCUCCCCCACAUAGAAAAACUGAAGAAACCUCCAAAACACACUUUUAAAACAGACUAAAAAUAAAAAAAAGAUUUAAAAAAACAGACAGACUGUAGGCAGAGGCUGCCGUCAAUGCUGCGCCCCUAGUGGAACAUGGUGGCUGGGACAUGUUGGCUAGUGUGGGCAAGUUGGUCCGAAGGGCCUGUUUCCACACUGUAUUUACUAUAUGAUUAUGACAUACCAACUUCCAAGGGUAUUAUUGCCUCUUUGGUUAUCUCGAGCAACUUGCCCUCGUGGCCAUUUUGAUUGAUGAAAGUUGACUGACUAUUCCACCUUGACUAUUGGGGCCGUUCCACAGUCCCCUCUUCGCAUGUCCAGUCGCAGUAGUUUGCUCUCUGACACGAUGCCUUAGAUAUUCCUGCUUUUAAAUAGCUUUCUGCUCUCAAGCAUUGGAAGAACUGUGUUUAAUAUGCUAACAAACGAGUCAGGCUAACGUUCUUCCCAAUGUUCAACUUGACUCUGGAAGCUACAGGGCUCAAACCCUGGGUGAUGCACAUAAGGUCAUAAGGAAUAGUAGAAUUAGGCCAUUCGGCCCAUAAGUCUACUCCGCCAUUCAAUCAUGGCUGAUCUAUCUCUCCCUCCUAACCCCAUUCUCCUGUCUUCUCCCCAUAACACCUGAUACUUGUACUAAACAAGGAUAUCUCUCUCUCUCCCCCUCUCUCUCCCCCUCUCUCCCCCUCUCUCUC